AUGGUCAGCACACGUUCAGCAGUUCAGCAAUUGUUUCCGUUUGAUCCAGAACCUGAGCAAUCUUUAAGGAGGAGACACAGGGAGCAAAAUUUGCUGCGGGUUCCUUCACUGCAAGGGACUUUUCUGCAGUCUUUAUAUUCUGAGGACCUGCACAGUACAGAAACAAUGGCUUUUGUUAUUCCAGAGGCUGGUGACCCUUUGGGUAAUUCUUUAACAGCUCAUGCCACUAACAUACCAGGUUGCAUUACAUAUCCAGCAGUGGAAGAAGGGUCUACAUUCGAAAUCAAGCAUCACAUGUUGAGUAUUCUACCUACAUUUCAUGGGUUAUCAACCGAUGAUCCUAACAUGCACAUUGCAGAAUUUUUAAUGGGAUGCAAGAAUAUUUUGGUGAAAGGAUUCUCAGCUGAAUCUAUUAAGCUUCGUCUAUUUCCUUACACAUUGAAAGAUCAAGCAAGGAGAUGGCUCCUCACACUUCCAUCUGGAAGCAUUAGCACUUGGAACCAACUCAGUGAAAAAUUCUUAAACAAAUAUUAUCCAGCUUCAAAGACUCUCGACAUGAGAACUCAAAUUUUAUCUUUUGCCCAAAAACCAAAUGAAGAGUUUCAUGAGGCGUGGGAACGGUUUAAAGAGUUGAAUAGAAAAUGUCCACAUUCUAGUAUUAGCAGUACGGAUCAAGUGCAUAUAUUUUUCAGAGGGUUAAAUAUGACAACCAAAACUCUUGUCAACGCUUCAUGCGGAGGAUCAUACAAGGAUAAAAAUGCACAAGAGGCUUGUUUAUUAUUUGAAAAAAUGGCAGCAGAUACACAGCAAUGGGCAGUUGAGCAGCCACAAUCAAGGUCUGUUUUUGAGAUAUCCAAUGGUUCUCCAUAUAUGUCGGCACAAAUUGAAAAAAUGGAGAAAAAGCUUGAAAGAUUUGAUGCAAAAUUUGACAUGUUAUUACAAAGAAUUCCAGGUUCACAGGUUGCUGUACAGCAACCUUUACCAGCUGCCUGUAGCAUUUGCAAUGUGACAACCCAUGAUUUUUUGAGCUGUCCGCAUAAAGAUGCUUAUCCGGAAUUUGCAGCGGAACAAGUUAAUGCAUUUAAUAACUUUCAGCGUCCACGAUAUGACCCGUAUUCAAAUGUUUACAACCCGGGUUGGAGAGAUCAUCCUAAUUUUAAGUGGGACAGAGAUCAACCUGCAAGGCCACAAUUUCAACAACAGGUACAGCAAACUGCUGCGCCUAAGGCUGCUUGGGAGGUUGCAAUUGAAAAAUUAGCAAAUGCCACCAGUCAAGAAUUCCAAAAUCUGCAGGCAACAGUGAAAAACAUAGAAAAACAAAUGGGGCAGAUUGCAUUCCAAGUUUCAGAAAGAGCACCAGGUACAUUUCCUAGCCAAACGGAAAAUAAUCCAAGGGGAGGCGCAGAUUGUAAGGCAGUUCGAGUUCUACGUUCGGGUAAAAGUUAUGACAAUAGAGGUGAAAUUUGUGUUGGAAAUUCGCAGGCAGCAUCACAGCCACAAACAGAUUCAGGAAAUUUUGCAGAAUCUGAUAUUGUUACAGAUUCUACAGAGUCUAUGGGCAGAUCUGAAAACAGUGCAAAAAUUGCUGCAGAAACUGCAGAACGUGUUUAUGUGCCUCCAAUGCCUUAUCCCGAAAGGUUGAAGCCCAAAGUUAAAGAUCAACAGUUGACAGAUUUUAUGAAGACGUUGGCCAAAGUUCAGAUCAAUCUCCCAUUGAUUGAUGCAAUUAAGAACAUUCCAUCUUAUGCCAAGUUUUUAAAGGAUGUUUGCACAAAGAAAAAGAAGCUCGUGGAUUUUGAAAAAGUUAUUCUUACAGAACAGUGCAGCGCAGUUUUAUUACACAAACUGCCUCCAAAGAAACAAGACCCAGGGAGUUUUACAAUUUCAUGCACAAUUGGAAAUUCUAAUUUUAAACGUGCUUUAAUUGAUUUGGGUGCCAGUAUUAAUUUAAUGCCUUUUUCUGUUUUUCAGAGACUAGGACAAGGAGAAAUCAAGCCUACAUCAGUUAUUCUACAACUGGCGGACCGUUCAGUUGCUUACCCUAGGGGAAUUAUUGAAGACCUCAUUAUUAAAGUGGAUAAUCUCUACCUUCCUGCAGAUUUUGUGGUCUUGGAUAUGGAUGAAGAUAUGCAAACACCGAUUAUUUUGGGGCGUCCAUUCAUGGCUACUGCUCGAACCUUAAUUGAUGUUGAGGCUGGAACACUUACACUUAGAGUGCAAGAUCAGUCCGUUGUUUUCAGUUUAUUCGAAAUAACCAAAAGGCCAACUGAUGUGCAAGAUUGUAUGCGUGUUGACAUGUUAGACAGCUUAAUGCAUGCUGAAAUUAUGCCCCGUUUGACAUCAGAUCCAUUGUUAAAGGUGUUGCAUGGGUUGGAGAAUAAAAACACUGAAGAUGAAGAGGUUUUUGAGUAUGUUUCAGCUUUGGAAAGUGUUCCUUUUCUACACCCCCGUUGGAGGCACGUUUUUGAGAGUUUAGGGGAACCGAAAAAACCAUUGCAGCCCUCUAAAGUACAGCCACCUAAACUGGACUUAAAAGUACUGCCAGGACACUUGAAAUACGCUUAUCUGGGUGCAAAUUCUUCGCUGCCAGUUAUUAUAGCUGCUGACUUAUCAUCAACAGAAGAAGAAAAAUUGCUGCGUAUUUUAAGAAAUUAUCAAGAUGCAAUCGGUUGGACUAUAGCAGACAUUAAAGGGAUCAGCCCUACAAUUUGCAUGCACCGAAUUCUGAUGGAAGAUGGAGUAAAGCCCACCAUUGAUGCUCAACGUCGUUUGAAUCCAAUUAUGAAAGAAGUUGUUCGUACUGAGGUUAUGAAGCUUCUAGAUGCUGGGAUGAUCUAUCCCAUUUCAGAUAGUAAGUGGGUUAGUGCAACUCAAGUGGUGCCCAAGCGUUCUGGAAUUACAGUUGUGAAGAAUGACAAUAAUGAACUUGUGCCUACACGUUUGACUACUGGGUGGCGUAUGUGUGUUGAUUACAGAAAGAUCAAUACGGGCACUAGAAAGGAUCAUUUUCCAUUGCCUUUCACUGAUCAAAUGUUGGAAAGGUUGGCUGGUCGUGCGUUCUAUUGUUUCUUGGAUGGAUAUUCAGGGUACAACCAGAUUCCAGUUGCACCUGAAGAUCAAGAGAAGACAACCUUUACAUGUCCUUUUGGGACUUUUGCAUAUCGAAGAAUGCCCUUUGGUUUGUGCAAUGCUCCUGCAACGUUUCAACGAUGCAUGAUGAGCAUAUUUUCCGGAUUGGUUGAACAGGUAGUUGAAGUGUUUAUGGAUGACUUUUCUGUUUUUGGGGAUUCUUUUGAUGAAUGUUUGAACAAUUUAUCCUUAGUUCUUGACAGAUGCAUUAAGACAAACCUUGUUUUAAAUUGGGAAAAGUGUCAUUUCAUGGUUAAGCAGGGGAUUGUCCUAGGCCACUUGAUUUCUAACAGGGGUAUUGAGGUUGAUAAGGCCAAAAUUGAUGUAAUUGCAAAGCUGCCACCACCGACAGCUGUUAAAAGUGUUCGAUCUUUUCUUGGUCAUGCUGGGUUUUACAGACGGUUUAUCAAGGAUUUCUCCAAGAUUAGCCGACCAUUGUGUAAUUUGUUGGCUAAGGAUGCUCCUUUUGUCUUUGAUGAUGCUUGUUUGGAGGCUUUCAACAAGUUAAAGACACUCCUCACUACAGCACCCAUUAUUGCAGCACCUAAUUGGAGUUUACCUUUCGAAUUGAUGUGUGAUGCUUCAGAUUACGCAGUAGGAGCGGUUCUUGGACAGCGGAAAGAUAAGCUUCCCCAAGUCAUUCAUUAUGCUAGUCGAACUCUCAAUGACGCACAGCUAAACUAUGCGACCACAGAGAAGGAAUUGUUGGCAGUUGUUUUUGCAUUAGAAAAAUUUCGGUCUUACUUAGUUGGGGCUAAGGUGAUUGUUUACACAGAUCAUGCAGCUUUGAAGUAUUUGUUGUCGAAGAAAGACGCUAAGCCUCGAUUAAUUCGUUGGAUUCUUUUACUGCAAGAGUUUGACUUAGAAAUCAGGGAUAAGAAGGGUAGUGAAAAUGUUGUGGCUGAUCAUUUGUCCAGGUUGAUUGUGCCAAUUUCUGCUGAAGAUGACUUGCUGCCUUUAAAUGAAAGUUUUCCGGAUGAACAGCUGUUUGCUGCCCAUAUCAUUUCACCAUGGUUUGCUGAUUUAGUUAAUUAUUUGGCUAGAGGGGUACUUCAUCCAGAUUUUACUUUCCAGCAGAAAAAGAAAUUUUUGGCAGAAGCAAAGUAUUAUUUUUGGGAUGAACCAUAUUUAUACAAAUAUUGUUCCGACCAAGUUAUUCGCAGGUGUAUUCCAGAAGAAGAGCAUGAAAGUGUUUUAAAGUUUGCACAUCAGUAUGCUUGUGGGGGACAUUUUGGCCCUAAACGGACAGCAGCUAAAAUCUUGCAGAGUGGAUUGUUUUGGCCUACUCUCUUCAGGGAUGCUAAUAGUUGGUGUAGAUCUUGUGAUCGUUGUCAAAGGGUGGGUAAUCAGUCCAAAAGAAACGAAAUGCCACAACAAAGUAUAUUAGUUGUUGAAUUGUUUGAUGUUUGGGGUAUUGAUUUCAUGGGACCAUUCCCAAUGUCCCAUGGCAAUCAGUAUAUUUUGGUGGCUGUUGAAUAUGUUUCUAAAUGGGUCGAGGCAAUUGCAGCACCAACCAAUCAAGGAUCAGUUGUUCUGAAAUUCCUCCAGGGGGUAAUUUUUCCACGAUUUGGAACACCGCGUGUCAUUCUAAGUGAUGGGGGUAAGCACUUUGUCAAUAGAUCGUUUGCUACGUUGCUAGCUAAGUAUGGGAUCACCCAUCGUGUUGCUACUCCUUAUCAUCCACAAACAUCAGGACAGGUUGAAGUUUCAAAUAGAGAAAUCAAGCGAAUUCUUGAAAAAACAGUUAGCUCGACUCGAAAAGACUGGAGUUUGAAAUUGAGUGAUGCUCUCUGGGCGUACAGAACAGCAUUUAAAGGCCCAAUUGGGAUGUCCCCAUUUCGGCUGAUUUAUGGUAAGGCUUGUCAUUUACCUAUGGAGCUAGAGCAUAAGGCAUUUUGGGCUAUUAAAGAGUUGAAUUUUUCUUAUGAUUCUGCUGGAGAAAAACGUAAAUUGCAGAUUAAUGAGCUUGAGGAAAUUCGUAAUGAUGCUUAUGAGAGCUCGCGCAUUUACAAAGAAAAAACCAAGGCAUUUCAUGACAAUCAGAUUCUCAGAAAGAAUUUUCAUCCAGGGCAAAAAGUUUUGUUAUUCAGUUCAAGGUUGAAGUUGUUUCCAGGGAAGUUAAAGUCUCGUUGGAAUGGCCCAUAUUUGGUUACUAAGGUUUAUCCUCAUGGGGCGGUUGAUAUUACAAGUGAAAUUAAUGGCAACACAUUCAAAGUGAACGGUCACAGGCUGAAACCAUAUUUGGAGUCACCCUUCGAUAUUGCACGCGAGUCACUGACUCUGAAGGAACCAGUGAUUUGA